AUGGUCUCAAAAUGGUUGCCGCGAUAUAUGGAAAAUCCCUUCCAAAAAAAUGCAAAAAAAGGAGCUGAAUCUGUUACAAAAACGUGGCUAGAGAAUGAAGCGAGGCAGCUUUUGAAGAAAAUAAUGAACAGGUCUCUGAGUAACGAUGAUUUGCAUGGAGGCGCGUACACCGGUGGAGCCGGUAUUGCUUAUGCUAUGUUAAGAGCUUCUUCGUCAUCCUUUAACCACGAUCGAAAGGAGUCUACGAAAUAUGGGAAGCGUAUACUUACGCUACAUUUGGAAGCUGCUAGAAAAAAAGAAUCGAACCGAGAAACAUGUUAUUUGUUGGGAUCAUUAAGUAUUUACGUGGUGUGUAUACUUUACGAAAAAACAAACGAAGGAAGCAAACGGUUGAUUGACCAUAUUACCGAAAUUGGUCAUCAUAUAGCUUGUGGUGAUGUACUUGGUGAUGGAGAUGACGAGCUGCUUUCUGGACGUGUCGGUUUCUUGGCCGCUGUAAUGACUCUUAGGGAACAUUUUUCACAUAAAACCAUCCCUGACGAUUGUGUUGGGAAAGUUGUAAAUAAAAUAAUCGCUUCUGGUAGAUCUUACGCGUCUUCGAAGCAGUUUAAGAUGCCGUUAAUGUAUCAAUAUCAUGGACGUCAUUAUCUGGGUGCUGCUCAUGGUCUUAUGGGCAUCUUGCAGAUGUUACUUUGCUUCGUUGAAUUUUUGGAUGAGAAGGCAAAAUCUGAUGUUUUGGAAACAUUGGAUUGGAUUGUCUCACUACAGUUAAAAAAUGGUAAUAUUCCAUCAAAAGUAGAAGAGGAAAAAGUCGAUCGAGGUGAGAAUGAACUGGUACAUUGGUGCCAUGGUGCCACUGGUGCUGUUCACUUGAUGAUUGUUGCGUAUUUGCGAACUCACAACAAGAAAUAUCUAAAAAGUGCAGAUGCAGCGCUAAAUCUUAUUUGGGAAAAGGGUAUUUUGAUGAAAGGAUCAGGGUUAUGCCAUGGUGCUGCUGGCAGUGGUUAUGCUUUUCUGUUGUUUCAUCGACUUACCAAUGAACAGCGAUAUCUGGAUUGUGCUCUCUGUAUUGCGAAAACUUUCUGUAGUAAAGACUUCAGAGGAAAAGCUCGGACACCUGAUCGACCAUACAGUUUAUUCGAAGGGAUAAGUGGAGCUUUAUGUUUUAUAUGUGACUUACUGGAACCAGAUAAGGCGCAAUUUCCUCUUUUUCGGAAAACCAUGUUUCGUGUGAUGCAUAGACGAUAUUUUGACAAUCCGUAUCUGACUAAUAGUGAAGCUGAAUCGGAUAAGGUGACUAAACAAACCCUGAAACAAGAAGCUGCAAAUCUUGUGGAAGAGAUUAUGGAAUGGAGAUGUAGUAUGGACGAUUAUGACGGGGGUGUUUACGUCGGUAUUGCAGGUAACGGGUACAGUGUGCUGUAUGCCUCACAACUUUUACCAGAAAAGACAGAACAGUAUGCAAAUUUCUGUAAUAAAAUGGUAGAGGAGCAAUUAAAGCAAAUCCAGCAUAGUGGACAUCGCAAAGACGGACAGUAUUUGCUUGGUACACUUGGAAUAUAUGUCAUCAAGGCCAUACUGGAUUACGAAAUCAAGAAGUUUGUGAAUACAACUAUCAUCGAUAAAGUAAAAUCUUUGGCUGAGGUAAUAUGUGCCAAAGAUUAUUUGCCGAACGGUGCAGAUGAAAUAUUUGUUGGUAGAGCUGGCUUUCUAGCAGCAGUUUUAACUUUAAGAAUGCGUUUGCAUCAUGAAAUCGUAUCUAAUUCAUAUGUCAAGAAAGUAAUUGAUUGUAUAAUCAAUUCUGGCCGUUGUUACGCUAAACGACACAGAUCUCGAACACCAUUAAUGUAUCAGUAUUAUAACGUUGAGUACCUUGGUGCUGCUCAUGGUUUGAUGGGAAUUUUACAAAUGUUGCUCAGUUUUCAUGAUCUUCUGGAUGGUACAACAUUAAGAGAUAUUGAAAGUACACUGGAUUGGCUUCUGGAAAUACAGUCAAAAAACGGUAAUUUUGCUCCAAGUGUUGAAGAAAUUGGCAUAAAUCGUGAAUCCAAUGAACUUCUGCAUUGGUGUCAUGGCGCAACUGGAGCUGUUCAUUUAAUGAUUGUUGCUUAUUUAUCUACAAAGAAAGCCAAAUUUUUAGUGGCAGCUGAAAAAGCGCUUGACCUUAUUUGGGAGCGAGGUGUUCUACGCAAAGGACCAGGAAUUUGUCAUGGUGUUGCAGGUGGUGGAUAUGCGUUCCUUCUUUAUUAUCGCCUAACCCAGAAAGCGAAGUACUUCAAAUAUGCGCAAUGUUUUGCUCGAAUUGCAUGCGAUCAGAAUUUCAGGAAGUAUGCCCGAAUGCCAGAUAGUCCAUGCAGUUUGUUUGAAGGUAUUGGUGGUUUAUUAUGCUUCCUCGUCGAUGUUUCGAAUCCAUCAGUGGCGCAAUUCCCUUUAAUUCCAAUCAGAUUCGAAUAA